AUGUCUGGUGUCUCCUUAAAAAUGCUUUCGCCGUUGGUUUCUUGGAUCUUGUCGCCCUCCUCCUCUUCCUCCUCCUCAUCAGAAGAAGAAAGCCUUGACAUUAUCACUGACGAAUCAGACUAUGAAAACGAUAAUAUAAUCGAGAACGACAAAGUGGAAGAUGACGAGAAAGACCAUAACGACAAUGCAGAAGACGACGAGAAUGACCAUUUUCUCAGUUCCUGCGAUGUCCAUGACACCAUUCCUCUUGCGCUCCCCGUUCCCAAUGGCUCCCCCGCCGUGACGGUGGCCUUCCCCGGGGCCAUCACCGCCACCCCUAUGGUAACACGCUCAAAACGACAGCGCACCACCAACUAUUCUGGCACCGUGAGACAAUAUCAGAGGCUAUGGACGAAGGAUGACGAAAUGGAACUGUUGAAGGGAUAUCUGGAUUACAUCAACCAGAACCGAAGAGCAACCACCUCUCUCCAAAAUGAUGUAGCUUCGUUGUACGAUCACUUGAAGCCCAAACUGAACGUGGAUUUCAACAGGAACCAGCUUGUUGAGAAGCUGCGUAGGUUAAAGAGAAAACACAAGAUGGCUUUGGACAAAGGCAAGGAGGUUCCUUUCAAAAACCUCCACGAACAGACUAUUUUCGAAAUUUCCCACAGGAUUUGGGGCAAUGACAUAGACACAGAUUGUUUGAAUGGUGAUGAAUCACCCAUUCCUGAAAGUCAUGUUAAGGUGAAGACUGAACAAGUUGACAAUUGUGAUGAAAUAGACAAUAGGGUGCCAAAGCGGUCGCGGUUAAGCACAGAUGAUUUGAACAGAACAAAUGACCAGAACAAUGGUGAUACAGAUACUACUAGUAGCAUACAGGGCUUCAUUGAAGAAACUAUGACGUCCUGUUUCUCACCAUUGCUGAAGGAACUGUUGGAUGAUGCACGGGAAGGGACACUUGGCGAGUUAGCACCGAUCCCAAUGCCAUUAUGCCCUGGGGAAGAAGGCAAUGAGCAAAGGAGAAAGCGUAGGAUUUUGGAGCUGGAGGUGUAUUUGAAUAGGUUGGAGUUGUUGCAGGAUCAGAUCAAGGCUAGGUUAGAGGAGCUGCGGUCUAGCUGA